CUUCCUUCAUAUUUCGUAAGAUUUCAAAUGAGGAAAUUUAGUAGUUGAUACAAGUUACGUUGUGGAAUUUAUCGAAUAAACAUGGAUUCAAAUAGUUCUGAUUUGAAUCGCGGCUCUACAACUGCAUAUUCAACUCUUGUGCAAUGUGAAACAAUAGAUAUAACAAAAUGUAGCGGUAUUUUUCCCCGACACGCUGCGCAAUUUUAUAGGACUAACCAAAAUAUCAUAUGCUAUUUUGGAAACGACAAAAUAGUGGCCUUUUCAAAAGAAAGCCCCCUAGCAUACCUUUAUGAACAUGUUUCUGAUGUUAAGUGGAGAAGAGGACAUACCAUUCGUUCUCUUUCAUGCAAAUAUUCAGCCGAUAGUUGCAGUACAGCUCUUGAUGGAAACCGAUUUGCUGUUUCUCAUCCAAUUGCAUCAUUUAUAACACUAUACAGUAGUGACAAACCUGGAGAGCUGAAGGAAGACUGCAAAUUAAAUGUUGAAGGAAAAUGUUAUGGCAUUGACUUCGCUAAUGGGAAAUUGGCUGUCUGCUUCAAAGAUCCACCUAAAAUAUCCGUUCUGGAUAUGAACACUGGAUUUAUUCACAGCAUAGAAAAUGAGCCGAAAGGAAACCAGCUGUUCACCGCACCUUCUAACGUUGCUAUGGAUAUUUUGAAUGGACAGAAUGUGAUAUAUGUGUCCGACAAAGCAAGCUGGGGCCUUCGACGUUUGACCAAACUUGACAUACAGGGCAAUAUUCUGUCUUCAUUCCUAUCGCCUACAGACGAAGAUCCAAAACAAGUAAUGGCGGUUGGUGAUGGAAGUGUUCUGUUUGUACAUAAGGGUAUCAGGCUGAUGUCCGAAAGUUGUCAGGAAGUUGUUAAGCUCUUGGAUGAAAGUCACACCGCAUCCGUUUUGUGCAUGAGUUAUUCAAAACAGCGCAAUUUGCUAUUUGUAGUGAAAGACAAUUCAACAGAGAUUGUUGUGUACAAGCUGAGCUAGUUUGACAAAAUGGAAGUGUCACACAUUUGAUGUGGACGUGGAUAUAAAAGAUUAGCAUUUGGGAUCUAUUAAUUUUGGAAAUACAACUUGUUUGUAGAAAAAGUUAGAGCAAGUUUUACCAUCUAUUUCAUGCACAAAUGUUAUGAGGUAAACUGUUAAGUUUAGUAAUUGUUACACAAUUCUUUUCCAUUUUAUAUACAUAUUUGUUUGCGGAACGACUAUUUAAUUUUACUUAUGUGUGCAUGAAAAGCUUACUAGUUUUAUUUCCAAUUUUGAAAGAAAUUUAUAAAAAAGAGAAGUAUAUACAAUUUGUAUGGUAUUUGUGAAAAUAACUAAUAUACUCACAUCUUUCAGACUGAAACUAUUGCCAGUGUCAGGAUUGACGUACCUUUGUUACAAUCAAACAGCAAUACUGCAUUUUAUUUUCAUUUACCAAAUCCCAGUGCAGAACGGACCUGCUUUUUAUGCUACUUGUGUAUAUGACCGUUUCAGACAUCUAUAAUGUUAUUGAGUUUUGAAGUGUCGUUCAUAGUAUGUGUUUCGUUAGCGAAAGGUUUUGUUUUAUUUAGUGAGCAAAUGUUGUAAUGGAGACAACAUUAUGGUUAUACAAGGUUUACCGCCUGUGUUUCAGAUAUGAUGAUUAUUUUGUUACUCGUCUAGAGCGUCCGGACAUAAAAAAUUAUGUGGUAAUAAUUCAUGAUACUGAAUCACCCCUUGUGACGUAUGUAUGUUUUUCGUUUACAGGGCGAAACUGACUGGUUUCGACUGUUUUCAUUACGUGUGAGUUUAUGGUUAUAUUCAUUACCUUUCUGAGAGACAUGUCAUCAAAGUGGUGACUAAGUGUUAAGUAAUCUGAUGAAUUGUGCUUAUUUUAAAGGUAAUAUUUGUUCCUUCUGGGUUUUAAUUGCUGUCAUUUAUACCAUUGUAAAAUGAAACUGUAUAUUUAAUCUUAAGCUUCGAAAUGUAAACCACUACGACUACAUAAUAUACACUUACGUUGUGUUGUGUUACGUUUAUGUUGAAAUACUAGAUAUUGCCGUAUCUUAUGUGUGAAUCUGUUUAAUUUUAGAUUGAAUGUGAUAUUAAAUGUGCAAGUUAAGUGUU